CACGCAUCCCUCCGCGCCAAAGCAAAAGACGUAUCUUUGUAUUCAAAACAACUCCACCAAAAUCCAAAACCCAUGCCAAAACAAACUCUACCUCCCGUGCGUAUAAUAUUCCCACCCUUAUAAAUAAAUUGAAAAAAAAAAAAAACAACCAACCUAACAAUUCCCCUUUCCCACUCCCCAAAUUUAUUAUCGCCACCACUUCAGUCAUCAACUACUCCAAAUACUCAACAAUGGCGGAGGCUGUUUGCCCUGCGCAUUGCGCGACAUGGGCGCGCGACUACCUCGGCUAUUGCUUAUGCACUACCAGUGACGCCUUCUCCUUGGGUUUGGGUUUGGCUAGCGUUCUUAGUUGGGGAGUUGCAGAAAUCCCUCAAAUUAUCACAAAUUACAAAACCAAAUCUACUGAAGGCCUUUCUUUUGCUUUCUUGGUUACUUGGAUCAUUGGGGACUUUUUCAACAUGUUCGGCUGCUUGCUUGAACCAGCUACUCUGCCUACACAAUUUUAUAUGGCCUUGUUGUACACAGUGACCACCUUGACUCUUACACUGCAGUCUGUAUAUUAUGGUCACAUCUACCAUCGAUUGAAAUGUAACAGACAAUGCCAUAAGGUUGCAAAACCUAAUCAGAGGGAAGUCGCAGAAGAGUAUAGUUCACUUCAAAAUUCUGGUGAUGAGAAACUCAUCAAUGGCAGUAAUAGUGGUACCACAAUGAGUUCACCUAUUCCUUUUCCGUCCAUUUCACGUAGUCAUUCUGCCGGACAAGAUUCCUUUUAUACGUCAGCAAGAUCUUUAACUACGACUCAUACUCCAACAAGGAGAUCUUUAAUUGCUCCAUGGAGAGAUUCUAGUACAGUGGAUGUUGAGGAUCCUAUUGAAGAGCCUUUGCUUGGUGGAUCCUUGCCAACUAGGCCGAUGCAGCCAUCAAAACCCAAAAACCUUUUGUGUAUUGUGCCUGCUAUAACUUUCAUCGUCGGAACCCUGAAUUUCACCCGUACAAGAAACACAAGGCCGAGUAUGGCUGUUGAAAUACCAAACCGAAAGCUCCUUCAGGUCAAUAGUCUGCAGAAGAUCUCAUCAGGUGUUGAUGGGGGCAUCGGUACGUACAUGGGAUGGGCUAUGGCAGCUAUUUACAUGGGUGGACGACUUCCACAAAUUUGCUUAAAUUUUAAAAGGGGCCAUGUUGAGGGGCUCAAUCCACUGAUGUUCGUAUUCGCAUUAGUAGGAAAUGUGACAUAUGUAGCCAGCAUACUAGUUAAUAGCCUCGACUGGUCGAAGAUAUUCCCAAACCUGCCAUGGCUGGUUGAUGCAGGAGGCUGUGCACUCCUUGAUACAUUUAUAUUAUUUCAGUUUAUGUAUUUUCAAUAUCGGCAAUCACAUCAUCUUGUGUCCAAGCAUGGAGACACACAUCACACAUUGAGUUAGUGCUAUCCUUCAUCAGGGUAUUAUCUUAAAACAUCUGCAAUCACAACAUUGCAUUUCAGAUUUCAUGAACUUGGGAUUGACGGCGUCUGAGACAACGAGGCAGCGUAAUCUCGUGAAAAACGCUUACAUGUUUGUAUCUACUAGCUCCCCUCUUAGCCCCUAUUUUUCUGUUUUUCCUGUAUUGUUAAAUUUUAAUUUUGCUCUGUUGAUAUUCCUUUUUACAAUUGAAUUAAAAUUUUGAAAUUCUCUCCUUUUAAAACAAUCUCCGCAACAGAUGAUUUGUACACAUAGCCUCUGCCUUUGUUCCCAUAGGGGAUUUUAUCCAAUUUUCCAACUAAUGUUUUUGUAUAGUUAUUUUGUUAUUGUACCUAAUAUUGUUAGUUAAAUCUUCCUCGAUCUUGUUCUUGGA